CCGCCCCCGCGCCCGCCGCCAUGACCGAGGAGCCGUACGAGAAGUUCCUGGCCCCCGAGGAGCCGUGCCCGCUGCUCUCGCACCAGCACCCGCCGCGCGGCGGCAGCUUGAGCCUGAGCGAGGAGGGCUGCCUGGACGUCAGCGAUUUCGGCUGCCAGCUCUCGUCCUGCCACCGCACCGACCCGCUGCACCGCUUCCACUCCAACAGGUGGAACUUGACAUCCUGUGGAACGAGCGUCGCCAGCUCGGAGUGCAGUGAGGAGCUGUUCUCAUCGGUUUCAGUGGGUGAUCAGGAUGACUGUUACUCUCUGCUGGAUGACCAGGAGUUCACCUCUUUUGAUUUGUUCCCCGAGGGCAGUGUCUGCAGUGAUGUCUCUUCUUCUAUCAGCACCUACUGGGAUUGGUCAGACAGUGAGUUUGAAUGGCAGUUGCCUGGCAGUGACAUUGCUAGUGGGAGUGAUGUGCUUUCUGAUGUUAUACCUAGUAUUCCAAGCUCUCCUUGUCUGCUUCCGAAAAAGAAAAACAAGCAUAGGAAUCUCGAUGAACUUCCGUGGAGCGCGAUGACAAAUGAUGAACAGGUUGAAUAUAUUGAAUAUUUGAGUCGCAAAGUCAGUACAGAGAUGGGCCUUCGAGAGCAACUCGAUAUUAUUAAAAUUAUUGAUCCUACUGCUCAGAUCUCACCUACAGAUAGUGAAUUCAUUAUUGAAUUGAACUGUCUCACAGAUGAAAAACUGAAACAGGUGAGGAACUACAUCAAGGAGCACGGACCUCGGCAGCGGUCAGCGAGGGAGAGCUGGAAGAGGAGCAGCUACAGCUGUGCAAGUACCAGCGGUGUGAGCGGUGCCAGCGCCAGCAGCAGCAGCGCCAGCAUGGUCAGCUCAGCCAGCAGCAGCGGCUCCAGCGUCGCCAACUCCGCCUCAAACUCGAGUGCCAACAUGAGUCGAGCGCACAGCGAUAGUAACUUGUCCUCGAGUGCUGCGGAGAGAAUCCGGGAUUCAAAAAAACGUUCCAAGCAACGGAAACUCCAGCAAAAGGCCUUACGGAAGAGACAGCUGAAAGAACAGAGACAAGCUCGUAAGGAAAGACUGAGUGGAUUAUUCCUUAAUGAAGAAGUGCUGUCUUUAAAAGUGACUGAGGAGGACCAUGAAGGAGAUGUGGAUGUUUUAAUGUGACAGGGGUGAAUUUAUCAGUGUUCUUUCUAAGCCUUAACUGUAUUAUCCUUAUUGUUUACAUAUAUUUCUUGACCAAAUUUUGAUUAGUGUUAAUAAUAUAAACCAGAUCUUUUAUCAAGUGUAAUUUUGCUAAGAAGGUCUAAGUAUUGAGUAACUUCAGCUUUUUGAGACUAAUUUUGCAAUAAAGAAUUCAGAAACAUACAUGACUUCUGAAAAGCUGCUGAGUAAAUACAAUUUCAAGGAAAUCUGAACUUGGCUAAUAUGUUAACUUUACUUGCAAGAUGUAAGUCUAGGGGUGCUCUUGGAUGACACAAAGCAUGCAUUGCUAUGCUUCAGCUUCUUUGUUUUUUUACAACUUAGAGUUAGUAUUCCACUUGACUUGUUCUGUCUUCCUUUCCCAUUAUUAGGGAGAUUGUUUAGCAUGAGGAAAAAAAAAUCUUUGUAUUCUACGGGGCUUUCUUCAGUCUUGCUCUUGAAUUGUAGGAAAUCAAAGUACUGUCAUAAAUUCUUUUCUGAAAGUUGCAAUUUAACUCAAACUACACAGAAAACAAGAAACAGGACUUCUAAUGCAGGGAAUCUGUAACAAAUACUGCCUAAUGCUGUAGUUCUUAGGAAGCAACUAGAAUUAAAACAACCUCCAAGAAUUGCAGGCUUAGUCUUCAGAAGCUGCUCAAUAUCUUAGGAUUAUUGCUAAUGGUUGACCAGUACAUCCCUUCUCUUUCCAUGUAAAGGUUCCAAUAAAAAUGUCUUUAUGCAUUGAAAGGACACUAAUCUGCAACUAAGAUGUUGAGGACACUACUUACAGUAGUUAAGAACUCUACUGGAAACAGAAGUGCAAACAAGUGGCACACAACUUCAGUGUUUUUCUUCUCCAGAAGCACAUCUAAAUUAGGUACAUGUUGUUGACAGGAGAACUUUAAUGCAGCUGGAUGUUUAGCUGAGGGUAUCUUCUGUGUGGGUUGUUACACCAGGACAUGUAUCAGAAUCUCCUUUUGUUGUCUAUUGGCUUUUGAAAUUUCUCUUGGUAAGAAAAUGAGGUAAAAUUGUGGCUUUCAGGUAGGGAAGUAAAAGUAGUUUUAAGCUGUUUCCUAAUUCUGAUGAUCUUUAAGGUGAUUUUUGUCUUUAUUUUGGAACUACUUUUUACAGAACUCCUUCCCCCCGCUGAGAUAAAAAUAAUGCUUCUAAAUUUUAAUGUGAAACUUAAAAGAUUAUGAAAGUAUUUUUGAGUUCUGAAUUUAGUAAAUAGUUUUUUAUUAUCUUGAUGCUUCAUUACUUUAAUUUUGCUCUUGAAUUACGGAGUUUGGCAGUUUAGUGUGGCCACAGGUGUCUGUAAUUGCAGGAUAUAGCCCAAUCCUGCAGAAUUGGGAGACUUGUCGGCUCACUGAUUAAAAGCCAUGUAGUGUCAUUUUUAAGCUCAAGUGUUAGCUAUCCCAUAUGAGCAGUUAUUUGGCCACUAACCACGAGUGUCUGUAACAUCUCAGUAUUUCCUUGAAAGACAAAAUGUAAUUGCUGCCAAUUCAGCUAAUUUCAGGGUGCAGUGGUUAAACUCUUGCAUGGUAAUGGAUGAAUUCAUCAUGGAAUAUUUCACCAUGUGUACACUGUAGCAGUUCAGUACAACCUUUAUUUUCUGCAGUGACUUUGAAAUAUGAUUGAAUUAUUUUUUUCUGAAGAAGAAUGUACACUUAAUACUGUAGAGAAUGGAAACUCUGAAGUGAAUUGUAAGAAAGGUGCAGUAUCUCAGUGUGGUGGAGCAUGAAAGUGUGUAACUUUUUUCUGUUCCAGCAGUUCUUCAGAGUUUAAAAUGCCUCAGGUUUUGUUGAGAGAAGACCCCCUCAUUUUGAUGAGGUACAGUUGCUUUUGGUCACCUAUCUACUGGUUUCUGGAGAUCAUGAAACGAGGGAGGGUAGUAUUUCCACCUUGAUCUUAGGUUGAGCAUGUAAGUAUAAAUUAAUCCAAGUGAUUAGAUGGGUCCAGUUUCUUGUCACAUUGUAUGAAAAGGUCCUGGAUGCCACAAUAGCUGAUCGUGGUGUGUUGUCUCCAGCAGGUACUUCAAUCACUUGUGUGACAGUUAAAAUGGAAGAAGAAAGUGGAUUUCCAGGGAUUCCAUGAUAGCAAUUUAUAGCUCUGUAAUCUCAUAGACCCAGGAUGAUUAUAACAUAAGAAUACAAAACUCUGAAUGUUCUGGUAAGGAUGCAGAGUAACAUCUUACUUGCCUGGAUGUUCUUUGCCAGGUACUCAGAGAUACAGUGUUAUCUUUGAUCUCAGAGAAUCAGGCUUGAAGUAGCUGUAGGAUUCAAGGGUUCUCACAUAUUUCUACACAUUUGGGGUUUUUUCCCUUUUGUUUUCUCAUCAUCCAUAGUUCUAGUGACAUGCUCAGUUUGUGGUGGGGAAAGUUUUUGGUCGAAAUCCUGUCUUUCCCUGCUGUGUGCUCUGUGCUUACCCAGGCAGAUCCCAUCCCUGGAGGUAUUUAAGACACCUAAACGUAGCACUUAGGGGCGUGGUUCAGUGGUGGACUUGGCAGUGCUAGAUUUAGGAUUGGAGUUGAUGAUCUUAAAAGGUCUUCUCCAAUCUAAAUGAUUCUAUGAAUUUGUGUUAAAUACCCAUGGCAUUAAUCAAACAGCUGGAAUUUUAGUUAAACCUGGUCUUGCCAAUUCAAGUGUUGGCCAUUGUGGCUACAGCUGUAAAUUGCUGGGUUCAGAUGAAGAGUAACAAACUGCUAAAAUAAUACAUUCUUUUUGUUGUUUGUUUGGUGUUUUUUUUUUUUUUAAUCAAAUCUCUGCUUUUAUUCACAGAGAAAAAAAUGUCAAGCUUAAAAGUAAGAUAGAGACACACAGGAAAAAGCUCAGAGUUCCAUGAUUCCAUGGUACUGAAGCUGUGUAUGUAGGAGCUUUGUACCCACUGCCAUAUGAAUGUAAUUAAUUUACACUCUGUAAAGGUAACGGUUUGCUUCCAUGGUAACUUUUUCUCUAUAAAGGCUUAGAAGGAGCACUGAAAUUUUGAUUGCAAUAAGACUGUAAACAAUAGAGAACAUUCUUUUCUAAUAUGAUUUUAAAUACGAGGAAGAAAGCUGCCUGACAAACCUGGUUGAUUUCUGUGUGUGUAUCCAGUGUCAUCUUUUGUCUUUGUUAAGAUACCUAUUUUUCUUUAUCUGGGAAACUGAUAAAAAGGCAGUUACAGUAUGCUCAGUGUGGGGUGCUUACUUGAAAGAGCAAGAAAAGUCUUUGCAAGACUUUACUAGGGCCUAAAUUUUGGUUCUCCUGUCGUGGUUUGAAACCUGUGAAGAUCAUUCUCUAGGGGGGGAGAAAACCCCAAACCAACCUGCUUGAACUUAGGUACAUGCAUUGACAUCAGAAUGCAUUUACAAUAUAGAAACAUAAAAAAAUGGCAAUAUUUACAGUUCAUCUCUGCUGAAUGGCCUGAAGCCAUUUCUUUUCUCUUAACACUCUUUCAACUUUGAAAUCAGCUGGUGCAUUGAUCUAUAAAUAUUAAUAAACCCAACUGUUUUGGGAGCACUUACAGUUCAUUCUUAUAAGCCAGAUUUUCAUGGCAAAUGUUGUUAGAUUUAUUGGUUUAAUGUUCUUAAGCUUACUGAUCUUGCAGUUCUUGGGCAUAGAAAAGUCAACAUGCAGUUGUCCAUUUAAGGAUUGCAAAGAUAGUUUAUUAAUCUAUCAAGAGCACAUCCUAGUAAUAUUCAAAGCUUGUCUAUUUUGACUAUUAACUCUGAUGAAUCAUACUUGCAUUCUCUCUCACCUGGCUAACUUUGAAACAUUUCCAAAUGACAAAUUCUUCAGUGUAAAAAAAAUAAUUGUAAUAUUGAAGCCUUGAAUAUAGUUUAUAACCAAAGCAAGGGGAAAGUGGGGGGUCUAAUUUUUUUUUUGGUCUUUUUUAGGGGGAGAGGGGAGGGUAUACAUUAGAGUAAUGGUACUGCUUAAAUUGAGUUGUUUUUUUCCCCCCAGGUUCUCUGCUAAUUGUAUUGCUAAAAUGCACUUUUGUAUAGAAAACUGUUCUCUGUACAUUCUGUAUCUACUUUACACAAUGUUUAUAGAGAUUUUUCUGAAGUUGUGAAGGAUUUACUGAAAGCUCUGAUGCUGUUGACUUCAAGUUUUCCUUGUAUUUGAAAAUAGUUAUGUGCAUAUUAAAGUACAGGUUGGAAUUAAAAUUGAUGACAUAUAGCAAAGAUA